ACGCGCGCGUCAUUUUGGUCUUAGGUAUAACAAAAAUGGCGCACAGCUGUCGGUGGCGGUUUCCAGCUCGGCCCGGGACCGGUAGAAAACUUGGUGCCCGUAAUCGGGUCCCUGCGCUCUUUUCUUUGCUGGAGCAGACGGUUUCUUCAUUCGAAGGAGAAUUUUUGACCGGAAGUAACGGGACAGGCCCAGUGGCGGGUCAGUUGCAAUGGGUCACCCUAGGUUUUGACGCUGCGCUGCAGGUCUCUGCCACCCUCGGGACAAAUCUUGGGAAAUUUCUGGAUGUCUGUGGGGAAACGAAUAGUAGUGGCAGUGAGGAUGAUCUCUUUCAAGGCUUUGGUUCAGAUGUUGAACGUAGAAAAGUACGGACUUCCACCAGACCUUCUGCAGAUAAAGUACAGCAGAGAAAGCCUCGUGGCAGACCAAGAACCAUCUCAGCUACAGUUUCUGAAAACCAGUCAGAUUCUCCUGUUGUAUUGCCCGCUGCUAACAAACCUGAGACGGUACCAGCAGAAAAAGAAAAGAAGCCAGAAGUUAAGAGUGGAGAAAAGAGAAGGGGUCGACCCCCAUCAUUGAACAGCCUUAAGCUUCAAGUAUCACAAGAAAAAGACAGCACAGAAAUACAAAAGGAGAAAACCGAAAAAGAAAACCUGAAGAAGGUAAAAAGGACGCCAUCUGCGACAUUACAGCGUGCUACAAAAAUAAAAAAGCUAAGAACUGUAAAGUUAUCUCCAUUGAAGCCCAGGUUUAAGGCAGCUAAACUACAGAUCAGUAAGGGCUCUCCAGUUGUACGUAAGAGAGGUAGACCACCAUCUUCAGAGCGUUUAAAGGCAGCACCAGCUGUAUUGCCUUCCCCUCAGCUAGAAAAGACACAAAGAGCUCGAAAAGAAAAAGAUGUGCCAUUGCCUGUCAGAAAAGAAGGAAAAACUACUGUACGUCAAAGCCCCCGUAGAAUCAAGCCUGUUAGAAUUGUUCCUCCUUCUAAAAGAACUGAUGCAACCAUUGCAAAACAGCUUCUACAGCGGGCUAGAAAGGGAGCUCAGAAGAAAAUGGAAAAGGAAGCAGCUAAACUACAGGGCAGGAAGGGGAGAACACAGCUUAAGAAUAUUCGACAGUUUAUUAUGCCAGUUGUCAGUGCAAUCUCUUCACGGAUUAUUAAAACUCCUAAAAGAUUUAUUGAAGAUGAUAGUUAUGUUCCCCCCAUAAAACUUGCUCGCCUUGAAUCAACUCCCAACAGUAGGUUUAGCACCACAUCUUGUGGGUCCAGUGAAAAAUCAAGUGCCGUAUCUCAGCAUUCUUCUCAAAUGUCCUCUGAUUCCUCCAGGUCCAGUAGCCCAAGUGUUGACACUUCUUCAGAUUCUCAGGCCUCUGAAGAAAUGCAGGCUCUUUCAGAAGAUCCAAGCUGUACACAAGAAAUGCAUUCCUCUUUACCUAUUGCGCAUUCUCCAGAUCCAAAUGGUAGUGAGAGGAGGAGUAGAAGGUUUAUGCUUUCAGAAAGAGGUCGUGGAGUAGGGAGACCAAGAAAAUUAUCUUCACAACCUCCCCUGCAGCAGUCAUCCUCCUCUUCUCCACCUCCCUUGCUGAGUCCAGCACCUCCACUCCAGAUUGCCCCUCUUUCUGACCCCACUCCCUGGUUGUUGCCUCCAAUGCCAAUGGGACCAGCAUUCUUGUCGGCAGCUGCUGCAGCAGCAGCUUUGCAAGACAAACGGAAAUCAAUUUUGCGAGAGCCAACUUUUAGGUGGACUUCCUUAAAGCAGGCUAGGUCAGAUGUACAAUAUUUCUCCUCUGCCAAAUAUGCCAAAGAAGGCCUUAUCCGAAAACCAAUAUUUGAUAACUUCAGACCCCCACCGCUUACUCGAGAAGAUGUUGGCCUAGCACCUCCCCCAGGUUUCUCAGCAGCCGGUGUCCCUGCACACCUAUUUCCUCAUCUUCAUUCUUCUCCAAGGUAUGAUGUGCACAAAAGAAGCCCCCUUUUACGGGCCCCACGCUUUACUCCAAGCGAGGCCCACUCUAGGAUUUAUGAAUCUGUUACCAUGACUUCUGCCUUGGGCAGACACUCAAGACAUUCAUCAUUGGCAGCUCAGUCUUCCAGGAAGAGGAAGAGAAGGGUGUUUAGUCCUAUAAGGCCAGAGCCAAGGUCUCCUUCCCACUCUAUGAGGACAAGAAGUGGACGAUUGAGUUCUUCUGAAACAUCAUCCCUUACCACCCCACAGUCUUCUGUAUCUUCAUCACUGACUAAUAUUUCUGUUAGCUCUAACACCAAUAGUGCCUUAACUCCAGCUUUUAGCUUCUCCUCAUCUUUGACACAGUCUGAAGUUGCUGCAGAUAAUGUACCGAGACCGAAACGACAGAGCAGCACUCAUGGAGAAACAUUUUCUGCUGGAACCAAAUCACCACUUUUCCAGUUGUUUACACCUAGUACCCAGAUGGACAGACGGAGAAAUAAAGUAAGAAUGGCAGACAGACUGGCUAAAGAGAAUGAAGGUGAUAGACCUGUAGAAAAGGACAAGGUCAGAGAAAAGGACAGAGAAAAAGAAAACAAAAGGGAGUCUAGGAAAGACAGAGAAAAGGUGAACAGAGGGUCUGAAAUACAGAGCUCAUCUCCCUUGUUUCCUUUGUCCAGAAUGUCCAAAGAAAAAGACCUUGAAGAUGGAGUUUCACCUUCUUCAGCAAAGAAAACUUUAGGAAGAAAAAAGUCCACCAUCACAGAUGCUGUUAAAGAUGGGGCUACUUUAACAUUAGGUGAUACAUCCAUAGCCAAGACUGCCAGAAUGCCCAAAAAAGGUAGAGGAAAUAUGGAGAGAACUGUAGGCUUAGAAGCAAGUCCAGAAGUUCCUUUGCAGGAGAAAGAAAAAACAGUACAUCUGCCUGUGGCCUCUGCUACAUCAACAAUUGCAGUGAAACAUUCCACAUCCACUAUAAGCUCCGUGCUGGCUCAGGCAGACAAAAUGCAGAUGGCAGACAAAAGGGUGGUUAGCCUGCUGAGAAAGGCCAAAGCACAGCUGUACAAGAUUGAAAAGAGCAAGUCACUGAAAUUAGCAGAGCAGCCUAAAGCACAGUUUCAGGGCCAAGAGAGUGAUUCAUCAGAGACAUCUGUGAGAGGACCGCGUAUAAAGCAUGUCUGUCGGAGGGCUGCAGUUGCUUUAGGACGUAAACGUGCAGUGUUUCCAGAUGAUAUGCCCACCUUGAGUGCCUUACCAUGGGAGGAAAGGGAAAAAGUACUUUCUUCCAUGGGAAAUGAUGAUAAGUCGUCCAUUGCUGGCUCUGAGGAUGCCGAACCCCCUGCUCCUCCUAUUAAGCCCAUCAAGCCCAUUACAAGACACAAGACUCAGUUGGAGCCUCCUGUAAAGAAGGGGCGUCGAUCAAGGCGUUGUGGUCAGUGCUCUGGCUGUCAGGUUCCAGAUGACUGUGGUGUUUGUACCAACUGCUUAGACAAACCGAAAUUUGGUGGCCGCAACAUCAAGAAGCAGUGUUGCAAAAUGAGAAAAUGUCAGAAUCUACAGUGGAUGCCAUCUAAAGCAUACCUUCAAAAGUCAGCUAAAGUAGUAAAAAAGAAAGAAAAAAUCAUGAAAAUGAGUGAGAAGAAGGAGCCACAAUCUGGGAAAACUCAGGUAGAUUGUGUCCAGAAAGCAAACCACCAGAGUACAGUCUUGGAGGAUGAUCCAAACCAAGAAAAAAAUGAACUUACUGAAAAGCUCAAUGAAGAAAAGUCAGAGGAAGUGAGAUGCUCAUCUCCAGAUGUAGAAACUAAACAAACAUCCUCACCAGUGCAAAAGACCAACAAACAAAUUAGUCAGCAGUCACAAGUCAGCGACCCCCAGCAACACAGUCCAGAGCUGCCAAAAAUGGAGGCUUGCAGAUCCGCACCUACUGAAACAAAGAGAAAGCUGCUGACACAGUCUGAGCUGGGAGUGGAUCAGAAUAAACAGAAGAAAGCAGUCCCUCGCGCAUGUUUUGUUCCAAAGCCCAAAGAAAAGGAAAAAUCUCCAUUGAACAAGUCUGAAGCCAGUACAUUAAACCUGUUGAGCACACCUGUAAAUAGCAGCAGUGGUAGUAGGCUGAAGCCCCCUGCAGAUGGCAUCCACAGGAUAAGGGUGGAUUUUAAGGAGGACUGCGCUGUGGAGAAUGUCUGGGAGAUGGGUGGGCUGAGUAUCCUGACCUCUGUACCUGUAACCCCACGGGUAGUCUGCUUCCUUUGCACCAGCAGUGGUCAUGUGGAGUUUGUGUAUUGUCGGGUCUGCUGUGAGCCUUUUCAUAUGUUCUGUUUGGAUGAGUGUGAUCGUCCCUUGGAGGACCAGUUGGAAAAUUGGUGUUGCCGUCGCUGUAAAUUCUGUCAAGUCUGUGGACGCCAGCAUCAAGCCACAAAGCAGCUAUUAGAAUGUAACAAGUGCCGAAACAGUUAUCACCCGGAGUGCCUGGGACCAAAUUACCCAACAAAACCUUCAAAGAAAAAGAAAAUUUGGAUCUGUACAAAGUGUGUUCGCUGUAAAAGCUGUGGAACCACUACUCCAGGAAAAGGAUGGGAUGCGCAGUGGUCCCAUGAUUUCUCACUGUGUCAUGAUUGUGCCAAACUUUUUGCUAAAGGAAAUUUUUGCCCACUCUGCAACAAGUGCUAUGAUGAUGACGACUACGAGAGUAAAAUGAUGCAGUGUGGCAAGUGUGACCGAUGGGUGCAUGCUAAAUGUGAAGGUCUUUCUGAUGAAAAAUACGAGAUCUUGUCCAGCUUACCUGAGAGUGUGGCAUACACAUGCAGUAGAUGUACGGAGCACCGCCCUGCCGAGUGGUGUUUGGCACUUGAGAAGGAGGUGCAGUCUCUGCUCAGACAGGUCUUAACUGCACUGUUGAACUCCAGGACGACCAGCCACUUGUUACGUUACAGGCAGGCAGCGAAGCCUCCUGAUUUAAAUCCUGAGACAGAGGAGAGUAUACCUUCCAGAAGAUCACCAGAAGGACCUGAUCCACCAGUCCUCACAGAAGUCUGUACACACGAAGAUCUACAUCCUCAAGACUUGGAAAGUGUGAAAAGAAAAAUGGACCAGGGAGCAUACACUUCUGUGCUUGAGUUCAGUGAUGAUAUUGUGAAGAUCAUCCAGGCAGCCAUGAAUGCAGAUGGAGGGCAGCCAGAAAAUAAGAAAGCGAACAGCAUGGUUAAAUCCUUCUUUGUAAGGCAAAUGGAACGUGUCUUCCCUUGGGUCAGUGUUAAGGAGUCAAGAUUUUGGGAAUUGCAUAAAGUAUCCAGCAGCAGUGGUUUGUUGCCUAAUGCUGUGCUGCCGCCAUCACUGGACCAUAAUUACGCUCAGUGGCAGGACCGAGAAAAGGACAGUUACUCUUAUCAUCCCCCACCGAUGAAGAAGAUUAUUCCAGCACCUCAACCCAAAGGACCUGGAGACCCCGAUUCCCCCGUACCAGGCCCUCCACCCACACCUCCUUCUGCAGGCUUGGACAGAAACAAUGAGGACAGCCCAGAAGUAAACCCACCCCCAGAUGUGGAAGACAACAGACAGUGUGUACUCUGCUUAAAAUAUGGUGAUGAUGGUAUGAAUGAAUCUGGACGGCUUUUAUAUAUUGGCCAGAAUGAGUGGACACACGUUAACUGUGCACUGUGGUCAGCUGAAGUAUUUGAAGAUGAUGAUGGAUCCCUGAAAAAUGUGCAUAUGGCAGUUAUCCGAGGAAAGCAGCUGCGCUGUGAGCACUGCCAGAAAGCAGGUGCAACAGUCGGUUGUUGUUUGAGCACAUGCUCUAGUAACUAUCACUUCAUGUGUGCUCGAGUAAGGAGCUGCAUCUUUCUGGAUGACAAAAAAGUCUACUGUCAGAGACAUCGAGACCUAAUCAAAGGCGAGAUUGUACCUGAAAAUGGUUUUGAAGUGCUGCGAAGGAUCUUUGUUGAUUUUGAAGGCAUGAGUUUAAGAAGAAAAUUUCUAAAUGGUCUUGAACCUGAAAAUAUUCACAUGAUGAUAGGUUCCAUGACAAUUGACUGCUUGGGAAUUCUGAAUGAUCUGUCUGACUGUGAGGACAAGUUGUUUCCUAUUGGAUAUCAGUGUUCAAGAGUGUAUUGGAGUACUACAGAUGCUCGAAAGCGGUGUAUUUACACAUGCAAAAUUUUGGAAUGCCGUCCACCUGCUUCUGAACCAGAUAUCAAUAGUACUUUGGAGCAUGAUGAUAACAGAACAAUCGCACAUAGUCCAGCAUCAGUUGCAGAGGUUGGUACAUUAGAACAAAAGGCAGUAGAUGUUCCUGUGCAGCCAUUGCCAGGUUUCUCCACAGCUAAACAAAGCUCCUGCAUUUUAGCACCUCCAGGACUUCAGGGAACAAACAAGAAUAAGUUUCCUAAUAACUUAACAUCAUCACGGGCUCCUGGAUCUAGGCCACUUCCUUCUGCAGGAAACCUUACUCCAGUGUCUCAUGCAGUUGUCACGGUUGGAGAUCCAUUACUUUGUUCAGGGUUGCGGAGCAUUGGGUCCAGAAGACACAGCAGUUUGUCACCACAACUGUCUAAGUUCAAGAGUAAAUCACCAGGUAGAGCAAGUUCCUCUUGUGUAAGAACCCAUAUAUCUCCAGCAUCCUCAAUGCCUGUAACAUUGUUGGACAGAGAACAGACUUUAAAAACAAUUGAAAGUUCUGCAAGUACGCAAACUAACUUAAUGCAUGGCAGUUCUGCUGCAUCUGUCCAUAAAAGAACUGUUACUUCUAAUGGUGUGAAAUGUGAUAUACUGGAUGGUUCUGCAGCACCUCAGCUGUUAAGUCCAUUAAUGGCUUCAAAAGACUGCACGGCAUCUUCAGAUAUUUCAUCCCGAAUUGCUUCGUCAAAGGUAGACAAGGCAGCUGCUUUAAGUGGAAGUGAGCCAGCUCUUGAAGCAUCUAUUCAGAUGAAUUCUUUUGCUGCUGAAACCAUGCCUGCACAGUCUCCAAUUACGUUACCCAGAGAAUCAAGUGAUAAUAUAGGUGGACUACUGCCUGAACCAGCUUCUGUAAUAUUUCCUUCUAAAGGAUCUUUAUGUUCACAUUUGCAUCAGAAAGGCUUAAGGGUCUCUAGCGACUGGCAAGAGGAUUCUCUGCAAAUAGAAAAAAAAGGAACAAUUUACUUACAAACCCCAGAAUUUAAUAAAAAGCGACUCCAUUUUUCUGGCAUAGGCAAUACGUCAUUUAAUGAUCGUACAGGUGCGAGCACCAAAGAAAAAAGACGUAUAGUAAAAUCAUUGCUGAAAGAAUUUUCUAAGGAGAGAAAUUCAGAUAAAUUGUCUUCCGAUUCAGAUGAGCUGAUGGCUAGCAGUAGAGUAUCUCUUAGUAUGGGUAAAAACUUAACUGGUCCGAUUUUAAGUGAAAAUGAGAAAAAGUGCUCCGAAGGGAAAUUAUGUAGUACUGGGAACAAGGUAUUAUCUAGGUCAGAUGUGGAACAGAUUUCUAAAAUUCAGUCUAUGCACAGUGAUAAAUCCACAGAUGAAUCACAGUCUCCACGGAAGCGCACUGUUAAAGUAACCUUAACGCCAUUAAGGAUGGACUCUGAAAACCAGUCUAGAAGUUUGUUGCAGGAAAGUGUAUCUGACUCUCAGUGUCAUGGUGCAGCGAGAGCUGACUUGAUUAUAUUAGCUACAGCUUCUGAAAGGUUAGAGAGCAAUAAUGCCAGUGCCAAACCAAGUGAUUCGGCUACAUCUGAGCACGAAGACAGCAUUGCGUAUUUGAGUACUGUUCAAGAUAGUGACCUUCCUUUGACAGAUGAAAACAAAACGCAAGAGAAUAGUACAAUUAAAAGGAGAUAUCCAAGGCGCAGUGCACGGGCACGAUCCAACAUGUUCUACGGACUGACUCCCUUGUAUGGUGUACGCUCGUAUGGUGAGGAAGACAUUCCAUUCUAUAGCAGUUCAACAGGGAAAAAGAGAGGUAAAAAAUCUGCAGAAGGACAGGUAGAUGGGGCUGAUGAUUUAAGUUCAUCUUCUGAAGAAGAUGAUGGCUACUAUUAUAACUUCAGCAGAACUGUUGUCACAUCAAGGCAAGAAGAAAGACUAGGAGCACACAGUUUUUUCAGAGAGGAGGAGAAUGAGCCUCAGAGAGUUUCUCAGUUAGAUGGUGUGGAUGAUUGGUCUGAAGGUGAUGCAAGCACUGGAACAGUUGCAAGUAGUGUAACACACAAAAUCAAAAGAAGGAGCAGGAAGUAUGCGGAAUACGGUGAUACAGGGAGAGCUGAAAAUACCCCUAGGACUUUGUCUUAUUGUAAAACUAGUGCUCUCAAACUAAACCGCUACCCCUGCAUAAGCAGGGGUGAACAUCAGUGUGAUUUUUCUGACACACAGCCUGAAAAGUUAUGUAAUCGUUGGCUUGUUAAUACAAAUAUCCCUGUAAUCAGAACAGUUUUUGGUUCCUUUACCAAGGAUCUCCAGAAAUCUGACAUUGAUUGUAAGGUGGCCUGUGAUCAUAAAACCAGGAAUGUUGGCCUAAGGAAGCUAGCCUUUGAAAAGAGUUCAGAAGAAAAGAUUCCAGCCAGUAAUUCUUGUUUUGCAAAGGCAGGUUCAAGGCACACCCACUCAGCAGUUUUCAGAACUUUCAGAAAUCAUUCAGCUGAUAUUUCAGCACAAGUGCUGAAUUAUGGCAGUCCAUUUCAGAGGCUGUGUACAUCCACUGGAGAUGGAAGAUUGGAUGAAGGUGGGAAAGCUGGCUUCAUGCAGGCAUUUCCAUCUUAUUCUUGCAUGGGUUCUGUCAAGUGUCUUGGACAUACUUCAUACCAAAGAACCAAAGGACAUAAGGAAGACAUUCUAACAUCAAAAACACAUGAUCAGACUGAAAGUAUAAGUUCAGUAGAUACAGUUGAUAAUGUAAGCACAAAUUCUGAAGAUGAUGAUUGCUAUUGCAGUUUUACUAGAAUUGUUGUUACCUCAGGGGUGGAGCCGAAAUUUCUGCCUUGCAGGUUUUUCCGGCAGGAGGAAGUUUGUGCCAAGAUUGCACAGCUUGAUGGCGUAGAUGAUGAGGCAGAAAGUGACACUGCUAGUUCUGCAAAACCUGGAAAGGUGGUUCAGGUAAAUAAAGGAAACAAGAAAGAAAAUAGGUUAAAGCGUGCAGAACUUGAUCAGCAUGAGCAAGCUAGUGAAAAAGAAUUGGCUGCUAAGAGUGGUUCUGAUCAUAAGGCCAGUGAUUCGAAGAUGGAGAACUGCCUUCCGGUGAGCAGGGUUAAGCCACAAGGGCAGGAUUCCUUAGAUGCCCAACUUGGAACCUUGGAUGUGAGUCGAAGAGCCCAUGCAAAUGCUCCUUCAGAUAAAAACAUACUGGAUUCAUUCAAUACAGAGCUGCUUAAAUCUGACUCUGACAAUAACAAUAACAGUGAUGACUGUGGCAACAUUCUCCCCCAUGAUAUUAUGGAUUUUGUCUUAAAGAACACUCCUUCUAUGCAGGCAUUGGGAGAAAGCCCUGAGUCAUCGUCAUCUGAAUUGUUAACACUAAGUGAGGGCUUGGGUUUGGACAGUAAUAGAGGAAAAGACAUGGGUUUAUUUGAAGUGUUUUCUCAGCAGUUGUCUAACACUGAGCCAGUAGACACUGGCGUUUCUUCUUCAAUAUCUGCAGAAGAACAGUUUGAGCUGCCUUUGGAGCUUCCUUCUGAUCUGUCUGUUUUAACAACUCGUAAUCCUACUGUACCUAGUCAGAAUCAUAGCAAUCUUCCGGUAAUCUCAGAGUCCCAGUUGACAAGUGCAGGUGAUGAUGAGAUGCUGAAUCUGUCUCCUGAGGAGACUGUUGAGAAAGGUGUUUCUGAAAAGUCUACUACAUCUAGUGAAGAUGAUGAUGAUGAUGAUGUUGAUGAUGCAGACUUGUUGUCACAGGCUGUCAAGUCUACUAAUGAAGGUCAGGUGACCCCAGAUCAUUUCAUUCAAGGACAUAUAGAAACAGAGCAUAUAGCUAGCCCUUCUUGCAGUCAGGUUGAUCAGGGGCAUGCCAGCAGUCAAGAUAUAAGCAGAAGUGGAACUCCAAAUGUCCAGGUUCCUGUUUCUCCCUCUGUACCAAUGCAGGGUCAGAAGUAUGUCUCAAAUUCAGCAGACAGUCCUGGCCCUUCCCAAGUGACAAAUGCUGCAGUGCAAACCACAUCUCAUUUGACAUCUGCAACAGAAAAAUUAAUUGUUGUCAAUCAACAUAUGCAGCCUUUGUAUGUUCUUCAAACACUUCCAAAUGGAGUUACACAAAAAAUACAGCUUACAUCUUCUGUAAGUCCUGCAGCACCUGUAAUGGAUGCAACAGCUUCUGUCCUUGGACAUAUUGGAACCGGGCUUACAUUAACUCCAGGACUAAGUGCUGCAUUACCACCUCACCAGACUGUUUUUCCUUCAUCUAACAAAGGACUGCUACCAAUAUCACAUUGUCCACAGUUACGUACUUUCCCAGCAACUACUCCCACUGGUUUUCAGUCUGCAAUCAGCAGUUCUGCUUCUGGCUUAUUAAUUGGCGUACAGCCUCAUCAAGAUUCUCAGCAUCUUGUAUCAGAGUUGAGUCAGAGGUCUGACCUCAGUUCCACUGUUCAAGCUCCAUCGUCUAGCCUUAGCAGAAAGAGGUUACUGUCUAAAAUACAUUUAAGGAAAAAGAAGCCUGCUCCAUCUGGUGUUCAGUCUGCAGUAAGUCCAUCUGAAAUUGUUCCCAACCUGACUUUGAUUAAUUUUUCUACCUCUCAGCAUUCUGGAGGGACAACUAACCAAUCAGGCUUGGUAGAUUUAGCCAGUCUUCCAAAUGCUACACCUCAUCGAACAGUUCCUGCCAUCAUCAAGAAGUCAAAAUCUGGAGUAGUGUAUUUUGAACAAACACCUUUGCCUCCACAAACCAAGACUAUUACUGUGACAACAGCUGUUGGUAGCACCUCAAGUGCUGCUGAUCAGGAUGUCAGUCAUCUUUCCACAAGUCAUUUGCAUGGAUCAACUCCAAAUAAAUCUGUCCAUAGUGUAGCUAUACAGACUUCAUCCACGCAAACUACUACUGACAGCUCCCUUUCUGAAAGUAUUUUGCAUCAGCCUUCAGUUACCCUUAAAAGUCCAAGACUACAUGAUUCCUCUGAUGUAGCAGGGUCUAUAGGCAGCCUGUACAAAACAGGUUCACAACAGUCAGCAUCCUUGCAGUCAAAUGCAGCUUUCUCAGAACUAGGAACAUCUCCAAGCCCAAACAUGAACACUUUAACUGUGACAUCAGGUGUCUGUGUGCUUCCAUCAGCUUCAGCUGUUGGAAUGCAGGUAACUCAUUUGUCUUCUGACCAAGAAGAUUCCUUUCAUUUGCAACAGCAUGUGGCACAGGUUUUGGAAGAUAAACCUGCAAUAGGUUCUGCACAUUUAGAUCACAGUAAUACAUCUGCUACCAUCCUACAGCUUACAGACCUUCCCAGUACUGCUGGCUUUUCUCACCAGCGUCUUCCAGCAUCUUUACAGGCCUCUUCAGUAUCUGCAGCAUCAUUGCAGGUAGUAGAGCAGGGACAUAGAACUCCUACUCCAGUUUCUGCAAAGACGCAUGUGAAAGUAAAAAGGCCACAACUAACAUUGGAGAAAGGAAAUGGAAAAAAGCAUAAAACAUUUCAUAUGCAACCAGAUUCUUCAGGAGGUUCCAAUUUAAUGACAGACGUCAAAGCUAUGACACCAGGCUCAGUCGUAGGGAUGAGUGCAGUAGAUGUGCCUGAAAUGGACAUUGACAAUCAAAAACAACCUCAGGAAUGUAUGCACUCAACAGGGCAAGUGACAGCUGUCCCAGAAUCUCAGUCAGUGCUUGGCCAGUCAAUUACUAAUGAAAGAACUGGGCUUUCAGAAACCAGUCGGUUUGAUGGCAGUAAGGACAUCUUGAGCUCCCCAGCUCUGGAUCUUAGUGAGCAAGAACAGAAAAAGGAACGCUUUCCUGAGAACAAACCAAAGAAAGGGCUGAUGUUUGAAAUAUCGAGUGAUGAUGGUUUUCACUACUCCUCAGAAAGUAUAGAGGAGGUGUGGAAGUCACUUACUGACAAAGUUCAAGAGGCACGCACUAAUGCCAGAUUAAAACAGCUCUCAUUUGCAGGAGUCAGUGGUUUAAAAAUGUUGGGAAUUAUCCAUGAUGCUGUGGUAUUCCUGAUUGAGCAGCUUUAUGGGGCCAAGCAGUGCCAGAAUUAUCAUUUCCGAUUUCAUAAACCUGAGGAAGCAGAUGAGCCACCACUCAAUCCACAUGGCUCAGCUAGGGCAGACGUGCAUCAGAGAAAAUCAUCUUUUGACAUGUUCAAUUUCCUGGCUUCAAAACAUCGCCAGCCUCCUGAUUACAAUCCCAAUGAUGAAGAGGAGGAGGAAGUGCAGCUGAAGUCUGCAAGGAGGGCGACAAGUAUGGACCUGCCAAUGCCAAUGAGAUUUAGACACUUAAGGAAGACCUCAAAGGAAGCAGUUGGAGUCUAUAGGUCACGUAUUCAUGGACGAGGCCUUUUCUGUAAAAGGAAUAUUGACGCAGGUGAAAUGGUGAUUGAAUACUCGGGCAAUGUUAUUCGCUCUGUACUUACUGAUAAACGAGAGAAGUACUAUGAUAGUAAGGGGAUUGGUUGCUAUAUGUUUCGCAUUGAUGACUAUGAAGUGGUUGACGCUACCAUGCAUGGAAAUGCAGCCCGUUUCAUCAAUCACUCCUGUGAGCCCAACUGUUACUCUCGUGUUAUUAACAUUGACAGUCAGAAGCACAUUGUUAUCUUUGCUAUGCGAAAGAUCUACCGUGGUGAAGAGCUAACGUACGAUUAUAAAUUUCCCAUAGAAGAUGCUAGUAACAAACUACCUUGCAACUGUGGGGCAAAGAAAUGCCGGAAGUUUUUAAAUUAACUUGUACAGCUGGACUAAACCGACCCCUCCCAGAGCCAAAUGCGACACUGGAAAUACGAUUCUGUAGCUAAGAGGACAUUAAACCUGUUUAAACAGUCUUGCACGUAAAGUCAUUUUAAAGAUAUCAUUGUAUUUGUGUAUAUAGUUCAUGUAUAACUUAUUUUUCUUUUAAGAAGACCCUUUUCAAACUUCAGUUUAUCAAGAACAUAUUUUCAUAUCACUUUCCUUUUGAUGUAACGGAUUUGACUGGUUUUACCAUGGAUUCCCUUGGUUUAUGAAACUGACCUGUUUACUUUCAGUAUCAUGUUGCCAGACUGUUGUCUGCUGCUACAUGAAAUGAAUCCUGCAUUUUAUUAUGCUGCAGGUCCAGUGCUUGUAUAUUUUUUAAUUGUCUCAUUUUAAUGUUCAUAGGUUGUGAUGUGGUUGGUAGCAUACAGUUUGCUACCUUUACUGUUACAGAUAUUUCAGCAUACCAUCAGGCCCUGGAAGAGGUAAAUUAGCUUACAAAUUACCAAAUGUCGGGUUCGGGGAAAAAGAGUGAAAUAUUUUACAUCUGGGACACAGUUACUUUGGACUUUACUUAGACAUAGGAAUUGAGUGGAGCGUGGACCGCGAGCUCAUGUUCAUUGGAACUUUGAAAGAUUGACACUAAAGAACUGAAAGCAACAUUAUUACGUCUUUUGCAAGGCAGUUCAGAUGUACUCAGGAAGUCUGCAUUUGAAACUGUAAUGUGAUCCCAUUUUCCAUGCUUUAGAUCUCAUCUGCCAACCACAUUAAUUGAAAUUUACACUACUGUCUUGGAGCCUGCACCACAUACCGUCACCUGAUGCUGUAACCUGUCUGCCUCCAAACUUGGCAAAACGGAUUUGAACUUGUUGGUACAGUUAUUCGAUUUUACUCUGUGUCAUGUUCAUAGUUUAAUAAUAUUUAAAGUUUUAUAAAGUGUAAAUAUUUGGUAUAUUUUUCUAGAGGAAGCACUUAAUAUUGAAAAGCACUUAAGACAGAGCUAUUUUUUCAGACUGGUGUUAUCAUGAUUUAAAAAAAAUUGUGUUGUAUUUAUUGUAGAAAAGCAGAGAGUUGUUUUUAUUGUAAACCAUUUCCCUUCAUUUUAUUUUUUUUGUUUGAUUUUGUUUUUAAUAUUUGUUUUGUUGAAGCGCAUAGCAUUAACAAAAAAAUUCAGGUAAGAGGAAAAAAAAAUGGUUGGACAUUCCUUUGACAAUAAACAUCUGUUCCUGCAUCUGGCUGAGUUACAUAACCAUCUCCCGGAAGCUUGCCAUGAGUCAUCCUCUUCAUUCACAGCUCAAGUAAAGAGGAAUUUGAUUCAGAAAGUUUAUUUUGAAGUAAAACCAGAUGUUUGUCUACAAAAUAAAGCUCGAUUUCAGAUGAUAACCCUUAAAGGAGAAGAUAUGGCACUGUAUGGUACAUGACUUCCUGCUCUUUGUUUAGCAUUUCCUUCUUUUACAAUUUUCUGUUUGGACUCUGUUAACUAAAGGUUUUUAUUUAACUACUACUCCCUUGAAGCAUGGAAAGCUGAAUUAAACUAUGAAAGCUCACUCCAGGACUAAGCAAAGAAGCAGUAUACUGAGGAAUGUUUGCCAUAUUGUGAAACUGUAAUCUACUUUCAGCCUAGAUAGGGACCAGGUAUAUGUAGAAGGAGCCUUGGUAUAUCAUCUUUGUUCAAAGAAUAGCAAGCAGUUAGGUGCUGCAGUCCCAUCCCCAUUUUGUUAUUUUGAGUAUUGGUGCACCUAGUUAAAGUGGGGCUGGAACCCCACACUGUUGGUCCCAGCACAGAGAGUACUGCUGAUUGAUAUAAGUGAAGUCACCUCUGACAGGCAGCACCAAACUGUAGUCUUUUCUGUGUUUCUUUCUUGUAUCUGCUGUCCUGCAGAAAACGUCAGCUCACUGAACUGUGACAUUUUCAUCUGUAUACCAGUUUGUGGUUAAUAAUGUCAGCACUGAAAACUGUUACACAACACUGAUAUGUAUGUACUCUUAGUUUUGACUUGAGCCACUUCAGUAAGCCUGCCUCCCACAGUAUGGUAAACCAGACAUUAAACUGGCUUUAGUUGCAAAGCACCAAAGUAAGCCCUCUCCUCUGCAUUAAGUCAUCUGUCACUGUAGUAAAUGCACAAGUUUGCAGUAUUGAAUAGAACAGAAUUUCAAACCAUAACAAAGUGACCAUUGCUACUUUCGAGCAGAGCAGGUUUGGUUGUAGACCUUGUAAUGAUGGUAAGGGGAGGAUGCGUGUGGGUCUGGUGUUUUAUACACCAGCGGGAAAAAAUUACAGAUGAAAAAUUUGAGAUAUUCUAACUUGAAGUACUCUUUAUCCCUUUAAAAAAGCACACAUAGAAAGGAAGUUGUUGUGGUUGUAUUUUGUUUGGCUUCUGCAUAGAAAAAUCAUCUUAGGUAACAACUUAAGAUAUGAAGAGCAAGGCCUUUUGUGCUUCAGAUAUACACUGCAUCUGUUCUUGGAAUAGCCUUGUGCAUCUUUAAGAAUUUAGUGAAGAGAGUAUGUGGCAAAAAAAGCACAAUUAUUGUUGCUUUUGUAUGCUAUGAGGGCCAUGUUUUUAAUGGCAUGGCAUAAAGUAGCAAAAACGGAUAAUACUGUUUAAGGGUACGUGGUGAUAAACUUCAUAAUGCGGUUGAGACAGUUUCACAGUACUUGGGAACAGAUGCUUUUUGUGACAGUCAGAUGCUUCAUUGUCUCAUCUUAUUAGCAUUACCAUGCUUACAAUUGCUGAUCUUUUUUUCCAUCUUAUUAAUAUGCAAGAGGAAUCCAAUACAUAGAUGCAUACAGAUGACAGAAGUCCUUGUGUGAUCAGCAUCUUUUAAUGCAUAAUGUGCUCAUGCUGGCACCAAACCCAUCUCUUGUGUUCACAGGCUUCUUUGUUGAGCAGUAACCAGAGCCCAUGUAGUUGCUUCUCUUAAAACAUAUGCACUGUGGGACUUUUUUUUGCACUGACAGAAGGGACUUUUUAAUGUAAUAUAGAUUUAUAACAGAAUAGAAUUACUUAGUGAAAGUGACAACCCACAUUGUGAAGCCAGUUUACUGUAAUGCUUUUGUUUAGUAAAGUAACAAUUUCUGUUGUAUGUGUUUAAGAUCUUUAACCAUGUAGUCAUCAGUUUCUGAAAUGCUGCUUCACUGUACUUUUGUUGAAGUCCUCUUUCUCAGUCAUAAACUGUUAAAUGUAACUGCUGGGUCUGGCACAUAACUACUGUUUGUCAUGUGAGGUAGUGUAUUUUUUUUAUUUUAUUUUAUUUUAACCUGCCCAUAUUACCUAGUGCUAGGUGGAACAGUUUGUUGACCUGCAUUCCUUCAUUCCCUGUUAAAUUAUCACCCCAUCUAAGUAAUACUUUUACUUUAUAAAGCAUAAAAAGGGCAGAUAAUUACUUAUGUUCAGGGCUGUGGUGUUUGACCAGUAAAAAAAUGUAUAUGUGUGUGUAUGUACACACACACACACACAUAUAUAUAUAUAUAUAUAUAUAUAUAAUAUCCAUAUGCAUACAUGUGUGUAUCUAAGUUUGUAAUUUGCUGAAAUGCGCAAUUACCGGGGGCGGGGAAGUAUUAACUCAUAUCAAACAGCAAAUGGAUAACCAGCAUUUAACACUGAAUGUGUUUUUUGGUUUUUUUUGCAGAGGUCAUGCCCUCUUACAACCCCCCCCCCCCACUCCUCCUGCUACUUAAAUGCCAAAUUUCUCCAUCUUCACAGUAAUAUGAUCUCUCUCAUUAAAACUGGCAUCCUGCAAUUGGCUGAAUGGUCACAUGUUUGUACCACUACUUUCCUCCAUUCAACAAUGAAAAUGUAGGACCAUUUAAAUGUAGUUCAUGGAUGUGGGUGUUAAAAAUUGAGUGCAAGUAAUUUAAACUUGUCUGAACUUUGUCAACUUUGUUGCAUUGCUGGGUUAAGAAUCCAUUUUAAAAAACUGCAACAAAAGUAGCUUGUAGUAGAAUCAGUUGAAAAAAUAAAAAUCACUGUUUACUCUGGCUUACUAAUAUACUGCAGAUAUCAAACAUUACAUUAGGAGGCAGAUACUGCCUAUACUCUUACUGUUCUUUUACUUUCUUGUGAUAACUUCAUAGGUAGUCAUGUGACUAGUGAAGAUAUUAUGUUAAAGUCCUUCCUUGAUGAAUCUCUGGUAUGUUUUCCACCUUUCCGAACUCCAUAUCUUUCUUUUUCAACAAAAUCCAGCAUUAGGAGAUGUCUGCUAACUUCCACCAGCUCACUCUGUGAUAUAAUGCACUGAUUAUGUAAGUGGUGUGUCCCAAGACCUUGCUAUUUCUUUACUGCAUCUCUCUCAGUUUGGAUCUUGAUCCUUACUAUCAUCGGUCAAAAUUUUGCAUUCACACUACAAGAAGUGACAGUGUGGUUAUCAGAUUAUCAACUAAGACUCCUGUCCAUCUACAUUGAUUGUUUUGUCUUGGAGAAGUGCACCAUGUUGAAAAUGUGCGCUGUAGGAUUCAUUCUAGCUACCAGGCACGGAAUGAGGGCGAAGCUGUUAAUACACCUUGCGGGGGGAUGGGGUGUUGGUAAAAAUCUUUACAUGGGACAUUGAGUCGAAAGGCCAUUUUGUACUUCUAGGCACAAAUAUAUGCAGCUCCAGAGGAACAGCUAUUUAGAGUUGAGAUCCAUAGCUGAAUAUUUCUAAGGUAGGGUUAGAGUUCAGCAAAUCCCAGACCCUUCAGGUGGUAAUCUUUCUUUCUGUUAGCUGGGAUUUGAAUACUAACCAAUUCUCUGCCAAAGACCUUAAGAUAGUGGGAUGUGCACCUGACGCUCCCACCGUGAGAUACAAACUAAAACAUGUUGCAUUGCCUGCUAGGCAAUCAGCUGGAAUCUGUUGGUGACUAGCUUGAAUCUGAAGAUCAGUUUGUCUCUGGAGUCUUACAGUUGUGGAUGAAGAUACUCACAACCAAGGAAUGUUCUCCUGGGAUUGGCCCCCACCCUUGCCCGUAAAGGCCAGGAAGAUGUAGAUGACAAAGGUCCAUCUGUUCAUCCCACACAAAGUCUUGUAUCCUCUAGUCUAGUUUAAUUUCUGGUUAGAACUUAUAGCGCUGGUGUGGGAGCACACUUUUAGGUCUAAAAUGCUUCCCCGUUCUGAUCUUGGUUAGUGCACAAUUCAGUCUCUUUCCCUUAGUUAAGACACCCAGCACUAAUCUGUCACACUGUUUCUCUCUGUUACAUACACACACACACACACACACUGUAGCAAGGGUAAUGUUACUCUCUAAUCCUCUAGGCUUUCUUCUGCAAAGGCUCUCAAACUCAGUGUGUCAGAGGCUCACCAAAUCACUUCUCUGGUAGAGAUCCCCUCCCUUGGAGAUGUGUGUGACACUUAAGAACAGUUUAUACAAAACUGAAAUCUCUCUCCUCCCCCUACACUAGAAGGUCCUGGUGUGAUUUCUGUGAAAACCUGAGGUGGCUUGUGUUAUACUACCAUUGGAUCCUGUUGUCAGAAAUGCCUUUAGAGCAUCUUGGAGACAUUGUGUCUCUGUCCAUUCCACCAAAAAAUGCCAAUGUGUUACAAGUCACUGCUUGAGUGGUUAGGCAGACCAAAUUACUAACUAGUCUAGCACUGACUAAUGUGAUUUCUUUAUUCUAGGAGACCAUUGCAUUUUACCAACCCACUGCCUGCCAAGGUGUUUAGAGUUCUGGACAGAUGUGAUAACAGUGUGGACAUCUCUGUUACACUAGGGCUUGGGGUGAGGUAGUAUUUGUCUUACCUGUCACAGUUUUAGGCUCACCUUGUUAGGAAGGGACUUGAUAAACUUGGCAAGCUGUUGUGUCUAUGCUCAAGGGAGACCUUUCUAGCAAACUGUGUAUAGCUCUUGUAGUGGAAUACCACACUGUCUGUGGCUACAAGCUCCUCUGCCUAACCAGGUCACUACAGUUAAUGCAGAGGGGUUAAGGCUUUGAACUGUUAACAAGUUACUUCCUUGCGGUACAUGGUUUGAUUCCUUCAGUCUUCAUUUGUGUACUUUGUGAACCUGAGCAAGUCACUUAAGCAUUUGGGCUAGGCUCCUCAGUGAUCUCCUGGACUGCAUACCUAGUAAUUGCCUAUGAACGUAUGAGAUUGUCUUCACUUAAAGGAACUCUGCAGCAAAAUACUGGAUACCUACUUUUCAGGGGAAAUGCUUUUUUGCCAGUCAGCUCUGGACUUGGUCACUGACCUGAUGAGUUAGCAGGCCCUCUGUGGAAGGACCUUUGUGGUCCCUGCUGCUGUCAUCCACUGCUUCUUUUUUUUUAAUGUGGGCAACUACUAGAGAGGAAGUGGCCUCCUCAGUGCUGUCUGAAGGCCUUCCAUUGUUAUGUGGUCCUGUCUCAUAUGCCAGUGAAGUUCUCCAAAAGUUUGUUUUUGUCUGCCACUCCACCACAGUCAUCAGUCUAGGAUUGCAUUUUUGAGGGGAAGUCUCUUUCUUCAACCCCCCCCCCCUCCCCGAGACCUUUCACAAAAGAGCAGUGGUUUCUACAAUCUGAAGACAAGGGAUGGUUGUGGGUUCUGCUUCAGAAUACCGAUGGUCCAGAAGUGAAGGGAUUAAAUUAACUAUGUUCUGGAUCUCAGCAACUUCAUACAGUGCAUCUUGUACAUUCCAUUCCACAAAGUGCCUGGAUGGUAUUGCUCAUCAUUGUGGUUGCCUUUUGGCACAUCUGUAUUUGGAGUACACCCAGGAGACUUCACCCAGUCCGCUCUAGGUAGGCAUUGUUUCCUGUACAAAAUAAGUCCAUCUAGGCCGUCGUCUUUGCCCAGAGCCUUUAUGAAGGUGUUGGCAGUAGUUGUCAGAGCCCUGUAGGAAAAUUGUUUUCUAGUGUUUCCUUAUCUGGACUACCAUUGUACUGCCAUGAGAAUAUAUGUCUGCCUUUCCUGUGCAUUGUGCCCUUGUGAAUAGAAAAACUGUGACUUAACACUUAAUAUGCCAGCAGUUCCUUGAAGGCUUUUUUUCAUGUUUGUCUUCCUUUAAACAUUGUAGGUGUUCCUCCCUUCCUUUGGCCUACUUCAUGGAUGGCCAUGAGUUGGAGGAAUCCUUGUCUGAUCCUGUUUUUUUAAGAAGUCCUUCAUCAAGCCGGCAUUAUACUCGCCUUAUUGUCUGUUCUUACUGGUAGGGCCGAGACAUUUUUGGCCAUGGAUAGUUGCAGUUCAGUGUUUAGCCUUUAACUUUGCUGUGUUUUUUUGUGCUUAGUGGCUGCCACAGUCUUCUUGGGCAUAUGUGGAGGAAUGUGCUGCAGUAGUCUGAGAGUCAUCAGUAGCUUCAUAGCCAGCUUGUGCUUAUGGAUCCUUUAUUACUGAACCAUUGUUGCUAAGCACUAGAAUUGUAGGUAAGUAGUACUAAUCUCCUGUUGUGUCUUCCCUUCCUUCAGCUGGACCCAUUGUAGGUCUUACUGACAAGACAGUUCACUUGCAAGUUGAGCAGGCCACAUAAGCUCAGUAUGAUGCAAGGACUGUACCCUACCCCCCUCAACCUCAGAUUGGGGUUCCGCUUUAGCUAGUUUGGAGCUUAGGGUAGUUCUGUUCCUAAAAGAGUUGGAGAAUCAUGCUUGAGAGGCCCAGCUUGAUGUAAUCAGUCAGUCUGCAACAUGGUAUCUAAACAAGCAAGGGGGAGCACAAGUUCAUAACUUUAUAUGCAAGGAGUUGAUGCUUGUCUAGCUGUGGGUCAUAGACAGACGCAUUAGUCUCUCGGCAUUUCACAUCCUGUGGGGAGGUGAAUAGCUAGCAGAUGCUGUAUUGCUUGGUCAGGGUUUUCCUGAAAUGGCACAGUCCAGGGAGUAGACUGACACUAUUGAAAAUACUGUUUUGUUUCUCUUCUGCUCAUUUCAACAAGGCAAGGGAGUAGUAAAGCACCUGUUCUCCUUUCUGUGGCACAAGUAAUUCUUUCAUUUCUGUUCAUUUGACAUCUGAUUUCUAAUUUUAGGGAAGAAAGGCCAGAACCGAUUCUUACUGCCACCUAAUAGCCAAAAUGGUGUGGUUUCAGCCAAUCUAGACCGGGAUGAGCCCUAUUUGUUGGGGUACAGCUGAGUAAACCCCAAGGUUUGUUGGUGGUAAAUACUACCUUAUUCCAUAGGACUUGAGUAGAAGUUCAGAGGUGAUUUAAUCUCCUACGAUGGCCCUCCAUGUGGCAAACAUAUAAUGCCAAGUAGAAAUGUUUGCCUAUGUAGAUUGCCAGUCUCUUACCUUCUGUGAUUUUGGCAUACUUUGGACACCUAUAAAACUUGAGCCACAGUUGUUCUGGAUGCUUGUCUGGCACUGAACAUGUCUGGGUUUUUUUCCGAGUAUUGUAACCUUGUGAAUGGAAAAAUUGUGGCUUAGCACUUCCUGUGCAUGCAGUUCCUUUAAGGAUUUUUUUCAUGCGUCUCUCCCUUUUAAACUUUUAGGUGCCCCUCCCUUCCUUUGAGAUUGGAGCAUUGUGGUUGGAAGGCUUACCUGUCCUCCAUUUGAGCCCCAUGUCUCAAUGAUGAAGUUAAGAGUGUCAGAGAUCCUUAUGUGUAAGAAAUCAUAUGUGGUCUUCUUCAAAGGGACGAUGAUCCUUGGCUUGUGUUAUGCAUGUUUCUAUUCCCCUUUUUUGACAUUUGAUUGGCUCCUGCUACUUGCCAGUUCUCAGGCCUCUCAUGGCCAAACAACCAAUUAGGCCCAUCUGUUUCCUCUUAAAGCGCGGUCAUGAAAGGACCAUGAGGAGGCCAUUACCUAGGCAGCCCUUAAGGGUUUUUUUAAGUAUGCUUUAACUCCUGCUGAUGCAAAAGUAACUGCAAUAUCUCCCAUUUUGUAGCAAGGUUGCACACACUUGCCUUCCGUAGGCUGUUAUGUUUCCAGGAAGGACUACUGCCAAAGCAGUUUGCAGAAGUCAAAUUCUUGCUCCCAGUCAGUUUGUUGGGAUCUAGCUAACAUUAGCUACUUACUCCCAUUCCCCAUAGCUAGCGCUCCAGUGCUUGAGCUGCUAUUCAGACUUUGGUCCUCUAGGUCAUAGUCAGGGCUUUAGUACUGUACAACAUAGAGCUGAGGCAGCCUUGUUUCCUUCUAAAGGUGGUUCCUAAGUCUUCUGUAAACCAGUUUGUGUCAACAGAAAUAUGAGAGAUGGUCUUUCCCACCUUAAAUGUGCAUUGGCAGCUCAGGUUAUUACCUUGAGCAAGUACAUCAGUUUAGAAGGCAGGACCAGUUUUUGUUAUGCUUUGCUGUAUGAAGGCAAGGGCUUUCACUUUCUAAGCAAACGCUGUUCAUGUUGAUCGCUAGCUGCAUUAUCUUCUGCCAUAAGUUUAGCUAACUGUACAUUGGCAGAUGCUGUGGUCAAAGCUCCCUCUCAGUUUAGCAGACAUUUGUACUGCAGUCCUUUGGUCCACUGCACACACUUUUACUGCAUAUCAUGGCUAAACUGUGGCUUAAAAAGCAUGUAUUGUGUACGACUUAGACGUGCGGUCUUUUCUGUGAUUCUGCAUGGGUCUGGCUGUUUUUACUGUCAACCAGGGGACUCAACCAGGAGUGUCCAUGAUUUUGAAGUUUAUUUGCAUUUACUUGCACAAUUUGCUGAUUUGUCACACCUAUUUUGCGAAUUGCUUGGUUUGAGCACUGACAAGAUGAUGUGUAAGGGGCCUUGCCUUGAUAAUUCAAGAUAUCCUCAUGCUUGAGUGUUUUUCUGCAAGUUACUAGGUUUGCAUACCCUGUAAGUCAGGCAAGAAUGUGUCAUUUCUUGAUUUGCAAGAAGUAAAUGUGUUUGGUGGGGGGGGGGGGGGCAAAACUGGUGGGGUCUAGGAAUGCACACUAUUAUUAGUUAAACAUUAUAUAUUUCACUACAGGCAUGCAAAUGUCCCUAAAUAGAAGAUUUUGUUGUGAAAAAUGUAAAUUCUGAAUGGCGGAGAGAAAAUACCCCACCAGAGACUCAUCAAGGAAAAUUCUUUUGCAAAUUAACUGAUAUUGCUUUUAAGAAUAUAGCCACGCAUCCCCCACCCACCCUCAAAAAGAGUUGUAUUGCAAUACUGGUACAGUUAAAUAGCAACAAAAAUUUUGUUUAGAGGGAAAGAAGUAAGCUGUGCCAACUUCCUGCCUGAAGAUUUUACAAUCAUUGCAGAAGAUAUGUAGUCAGCAGUUUAAUAUGGAAUUGUAUUUACUUGUCUGUAAUACAACUGUAAAGGCCGUAUGCUCUAAAUAGAGUGAAGAUGAGAAAGUACAUGACUACUUGUAUUUGUGUUGGAAAGUAUGCAUGAUGCAAUGAAUGUGGCCACCAUGUAAAACAGUGGGAUUGACCAUAUUUCUGCAGCAGUCAUCCCGGUCUGAGAGAGUGGGUUUUAUCAUACAGAUCACGGAACUUCAUUGUUAUCCUGUAAUGUUGAAGUCAUUUUUCUAUUGGGGCAUUAGGGGGUGCUGGUUACAACAUUCUGAUUUGACAUAAGUUAGUAAAGAUGGUAUUGUAGCUUUUUCUGAAUGUAAAUUUUAUUAAGUACUGACCUGCACAGUAUCUGAACAUUGCUAAGUGUUUGUUUAUAUUGAAUAUUUCUUAUUAAAAGCGGGUAAUUACAAAGGGCUGGGCAUGUAGUGUCUUCCCUCUGUGUUUGUUUGAUUUCAGAGCAAUAUGUGUGUAUUAAAAGUCGUAACUUAUAUUUUCAUUAUCUUCUGAAACUAGAGCACCUGGUCUUCAUUGUCAAGAGUGUGAUGUAUGUAUUUUACUUUGCUUUAGAGUUGUGUAUUGGAAUGUGCACUAAUAUGCCACGUAAUAUUCCACUAGUGGGUCCACAGCACAACUGUUCCAAGGGGUUUCAUUUUUCUGUUAGAGCAAGUUUGAAUUUUUUUUAAACUGAGAAGUCAUAAAAUCCCAUGUGUGCACUCUGGUCAUCAAGUAGUUACAGAACUUCCAUACUCAUGUUGUCUGUUUAAUUUUUCAAAACACUAAAAUCAUUCUUCCACAAUAGAAAUAUAUUGUUCCAUGAAAGAAAAAAAAAUCAGGCUGGAAGCCUAAUGAGAGCCAAUAGGGGUUCAAGCAGACAUUUUCAAACAAGUGUUGUGCUGAAUUUUAGUACUACACUAAAAACCCCUGUUCCCUUUGGUCAAGUUUAUUAUUAACUUGUCUUUUCUGUACUAGCCUUUUAGUAAAUUUAUGACUGGUUUCUUGGGUCACACACUUUUUAGGAGCUUAUGUAGUUGUAUUACAAAUGUGUUUUUCAGUAGUCAGCUGAUUUACGGUGCAGUGUUAAAGUUGAGAAAAAAAUUACUUUCACAUAUUUUUCUCACAUUAUUUAUGCUGCUUCUAUUCCAUUGUUUGUAUUUAAGUAGGUAGUAGUUUAGGGAUAUGAACAGGUCAGUCGUAGAACCUGUGCUUCUCUCCUGUUUGUUUUUUAAAUAGUUGCAAGAAUAAGGACAUCAAAUUUAACUGGCAACUCAAGUGUCUAGAAGACAUUUAUGUUGUUUUUUUUUCUUAGCUUUGCACUAAAGCAUUAAAUUUAACAAAGACAACAGCUCUUUUUGAGGUAUUUGUAUAAUGCAGCUGGCUGAUGGAGUUGCUUAUCCUUUUCAUUAACCUGUAUUUUGUUUGGGGAGAAACGCUGAUAAAACUUGACAAAAUUUUGUCCCAGAACCCUUUUUGCAGGGCCCAGCAUCUUUCUCAAUCAGAAUUUCUUAACAACUCCUUUAUAAUAUUCUAUAAUUCCCCAAGAUGUGUCCUUUUGUGCUACUAACACUCUGCCUCACAAAUUAAACAUAGCCAGUCCUCUCUUGAGAGUUUUAUAAAUUCAGGUUGUCAUGCACCCCUUUUCUUCUCCAUUGAACACUUCAGCCUAUUUGGUCUUCCUUGGUCAUCCUUCUCUUCACUGUUUUAGCAAUUAUAAUCUUUCUCCUCUACGAUCCCAGAUUUGAGCACAGUACUGCCCCCUCCAAGAGUGUUGUCAGUAGAGCCACAAACGGUCAUAAAGUGGCUUUCCCUCAUUCAGCACUAUCCUCAUUUUUCACAUCUGUAUGUAGUGCCCUUUGAAUACUACAAGAUAAAGGAGGUCCUAGUACUGCACGAUUCUCAAGCCUAUCCAUAACCCUGUCUCCAAGCAGAUUAUGCAGAGACUCAGCAGUGAAGUUUGUGUGCUACUACACAUUUGCACCUUCUUUGGCAAGCAGUCUGCUUGUACUAUAAUCCUCAGCCACCACUGAAGGUCAUAGCUAAGCAGUAUCCCACCCCCAACACAGAGGAUUGACCAGCCAGCACUUAAACUGCGCAUGUGCAUUUGCCUUGGGUGCAUCUUUAUUGCAUGAUGAAGCCUAGUCAUAAUUCAAACUGACAGAGCUUUUGUUUCAUCUAAUCUCCCAGAAGCUGUUUGGUAUGUGGCAUCUGCUUUAUACUUGGAUGAUCGUAGCAAUGUAUAAAACCUUAGACUUUUUAGCACUAAAACCAAGUUGUCAUAUAUUUGUCCAUCCUUUCAAAUAUUUCAAGUCACUUUUCAAACUAAUUUGCUUUUACACCUCAGACAUCUUUCUGCUUCUCUUUAAUCCUUCCUCCUAGUCACCUUUUUAUCCACCAGUUUCAUCACUUACCCACAUAUCCAUUACACUUCGGUUUGUCAGUUUAUCAGAAACCUGGCUGAAGUAAAAAAAACAUUGCAUCAUGUGGUGGUUGCUUAUACCAGGCUGUAGUUUCCCUUUCAUUAAAACAAAAAAAGGCUUGAUGAUAACUUCCUUUGGUAAAACAGUGCUCAUUUUACCUUACUAAUAUCUGGAUCCACCUCUUCAGAAAUGUGUGUUCCGCACCAUUUUAAUGAGUCAUGACAACAGUUGCCUUGUUCCAGUUCCCUAAUACUUUCUGUAAUGACCAUUAUUUUCAGUACCCUCUCUGACAUUAGAAGUGACAAGGUAUAUAAGGGGUGGAUGUUUGUCACAUAUAAAUAGUUCUGUUUCCUUCUUUGUAGUCACUGCAUCCAUCCAUUUACUGCCUUCUUCAGUCUGUCUGGGUCAAUUUCCAUUUAGAAAUUCAGACAUCAUUCUCAUUUUUAACUACCAAAGCCAGUUGUUUAAAAUAUUAGCUUAUUAUCUUGUCCUACUUUUAACUCUCUUUUUCUCUUCUUCCUUGAUAUAGUUCUUCCUAAUGUCACAAACGCGUGCGCACACACUCUCUCUCUAGUUUUACCUGUGCAUGGCAUUUCUGUGCAUCUUUCUAUUUUUCACUAAUGGCCCCACAAGUUACCCUGCAGCACAUACCUUCAUCACCCCUUUUUUCCUCUCCAGUGUCCUGUUUGUGUGACUGCUUUCCAUAAUGUAUUUCCAUAACUUGCUUCUCAUAUUUUUUCUUCCCAUAUUAAUCGUACUCUAUAUUCAUUUCCCUGAAGUUUUUUGAGAAUGUUGACAAUAGUGUCUCAGAGCCUAAUAUUUUCCAGAUUCCCCACAUUUUGAACAAAAGGCAUGUAUAAUUGCUCUGGGUGUUUUCCUCCUCCUAAGAUCCAUUACUGGGUUGUUCCCAUGCCCAACUCUACCACUUAAUUUCCUGCUGUUUUUCAUUGCAGAUAUACUUCUUACCUCUGUCUCACGUAAUGGAUUCUCUGCCUUCAUCAAGUAAACCUCUUAGUAAAUUUGAAUCUUAAUAUGUCAUUGGCCUGCAUUUCAUAAGCCGAUUUUAUUGCAUCCUGCUUCCUUUUUACUGGACCAUAUUUUGUUAAUUGUUGCUGUGUCUAUCUUAACUUUUAUUGUUUUCAUUCCCUGACCUUAGUUUCUAAGCUGCUAAACAUCACUUAACAUAGUGGCAUUGACGUUGAUCAGCCUUUACUCAUAGUUACCACCAUAACAUACACUGUCACACUUCACCUCACCCUUCCCCGUGUUUAGCACAAGUACAGUGCCUGCAAACCUCUUCAAGCUUCUCUGUUCAGCUGUUGACUGGUUCACAGUGCCUCUUUUAAGUUUGAUUUGUUAUGAUCAAAAACGAUUAUGUUAUGAAAUGGGCUUGUAAGGUGCAAGCAAGAUUUUUAGUAGCUGUAACGUCAUGUAUUGCAAUUUUAUUUUAUAAGUACAUGCUCCUAUAUGUUGUUUCUACAGAGGCACUAGAAUACUAUCUGAUGAACCUGUCAGUUUCUGGAAAUAAAUGUGGUAUUCAUUGCUAACAGUCUGGUACCCACCUGGAAGCAAGAUUCCAUUCUAACCCUCUCCCCAAUAUCUUUUCUGUAAAGGUGUACCUUUCCUAACUAAUGAUAAGGGGUCGAGGUAUCCAGAACAAGUCACAUUGUUUCCUCUGAAAGUGUAUUGUAUUACAUUCUGAAGGAAUGUAUCACUUCUGGUCAGUAGUCUCUAGAACUAUGUGCAAAUGUUGCCUUGUGUUUACACUUUAGCAGGCAUGGGCAGACUUGUCAGUGUUGUAGCAGGGCUGAUUCCAAGUGGAAUACUGUCUGUGCCACCUUUUCUUCGUUUACUGGAUGUUUGAUGCUUUUUGCCAUGCCACCAGACCAUCUUCACACAGGUCUAAUAUACUCAUUUAGAAUUUCAAAAAGUACCCAUCAUAUGUACUUAGGGGCCUGUAGAGAUGAGAGCUAAAAUAAUAUUCACAGUAACUAAGUUGUUUUAUAAACCCCUUGACCUCAGGGAAAUUAUAUUUUUUGAUUACCCACCACUCCUUCUUUCUGAGCCCUCUGUGGUUUGCCUUGGCUUGUUUUGUCAACAUUAAGUCGGGACUAUAUUUUUGCAUGGAUGUUAACAGACCCUUUCUUUUUGCAUGUGACUUUCUACUUCUGUAAUUACUGUCUUCCCUCAUAGUUAGGGCUUAAUUACUUGAAUGAGCAGUAGCACAUAAAGCCCCUAAGCAAAAAUUAAGUUCCUUUAAAAACUUAUCCUUAGGUUUUUGAGUCACUUGUGUUGCUUUUUAAGUCCUGUACUUUGUCAGAUAUUUUGUUAUCUUUUCUAGCCUAGGGCGACUUCUGUGUGUACUUUGUUAAACACUGCAAGGUUGUCCUUUUUUUGACCCUAGGCUCCCAAAGUGACAUUUUUUUUUCUUCACCCCUUUUUAGAAGUGUAGUGUCUGAGAGGUACGUGAAUGUUUGGACAUACUUGCAUUUAAAAAAAAGUACAUCUACUAUUCUCUAUAUAUUGUGCCUGUGCAUUCUUUUUUUUUUUUUUUUUUUUUGUAAUAAAAUAUUUAUCAAAUCUGGGUAAAUAUUUGUGUGCGUUUCUUGUGAGAAACUUUUUUCCUUCUAAAUUUUAACUCUGUAACUACACAUAGAUGAUGCAUAAGAGAGCUCCUGUAUGUUACUGUCUGUGGUAUUGUACAUUUGUUCGACUUGAGAUACUGUUACUUGUUCUUCCAUGCUGUUUUAUUAAGGAUCUGGAUGCUCGGUCACUGUUACAAAAAAUGUAUGAUAGUGAAGGAAUAUCAAAGAUAUAAAUACCUGAGAGCUAUGUAUGUGAAACGAAUGAAUGUUAAUGUAAAAGUGAAAUGUACAGUUGUAAAAAAAAAAAAAGUUUCUAAUUGUUUAUUUUCUAUGCACUUUUUAUUUAAGUGGUAGUUAAAUAAACAUUUCCAGUUUA